UUUCUGCAUGUGAAUUUCAAAACAUAACACCAAAAAGUAGGUUGUUUUCUUUGAUUCUUUGUUCUCGUUUUCUUUGCUUUUAGUUUAUGCUAUGUGGGUAACCAUUCUUUUCCUCAAUUUUGAAGAACAAGACGACUAAGCAUUUUGGAUUGUCGUUGAUUAUCGUUUUUGGAGCUUAUUCAAGUGAAGCCUGAACCAUUAGGAUGUACCCAAGAGUCAGGGUGAGGAAACAAGAACAAGAUGAUGAAGCCGAAAUUUCUCCACUAGAGGUUAAUGGAGAUUUGCACUUCUUGAAGGUUCUUGAAUCUCUAUCUGUGCAAGGUCGUACAGAGAAGGAGAACCAAAGUGAUUCACCAGCUUUAAUAGCCAGAAUCACAAAGCCUUAUGUCCCAAACCCAAAAGCAGAAGCAGUUUGUGCUUCUAAAGAGAAGAACAAAGCUCAUUCGAUCUCGCGUCCUCGAGCAGUCUUAUCUAGUCCUGCUAAUGAUGGCAUGGUUGGAAAUAGAAACAAGGUAAAUAAUGAAAGGUCAUUGGCUUUGAGGAAGUGUAACUCUGAACCCAGGAAGCCAAUCCAAACCAAGGCCAUUGCUAGUGGCUUUUGUCAGGCUAAAGCAGAAAGCUCUCUGAACAUGAGAAGAGGAAGCUUCAAGGUUGCAUCUAGCAGCACAAGCAGUGUAAAGAAGAGGGGACUCUCUGUUAGCACAAAACUUCUUCUGCAAAAACCAUCUUAGUGCAAGAAAACAAUCUCCAUUGCAAUCUGCUCAACAUUUUUAAAGGAGAAGGACUAUUAGAAUUUGUAUCCUCACCGUUUGCAGCACCAGACAUUUCGAACUUUCAUAUAUAUACUAAUAAGCUUGUACAAAUUGGCCUUCUGUGAAAAAUUUGUACAAUUAAGGGUAAAUACAAAUUGUCUGAGAAUUUUGUUUGCUGACAUAAA